CCCAUACCCACUUUGCUGAGCUUCUGCAUCAUGAGCAGCUAGGGUAAGGAACCACAAGAUCAAAGAUGAAGAAGACAACCUGGCUCUGCAGGAUGGGUCAUAUUUAUUCUCUGCAACUCAACUUGGUUUCAGUUUUUAGUUCAUUACUAUGGCAGAAACAGAAUCCCAGCCUAAUUUCCAAGGGACCUAACUAUUGCCAAGACACUGGGGCAGGGGGUUUCUGGUCUUCUAGUCUUCCAGAAGUUCACAGCUCCUAGGAGGACAUCCUUUACCAGUCAGUCCACGGGCAUUGCCUCCAUGAUGGCCUUGUUGUCAUCUACAUUGGCCCUUCCUGCCUGCCUGAGAACACAGGCAUCUUUCUGCUGUUUCACUGCCGCACUGGGAAUGUCCCUGGGGCUAUAGAUAGAUUCGUCUGCGAAUGAAUGGCUUUGGAACACACAAGCCAGAUAUUUUUAGACUUUUAUGUUUAUUUUCUUUGUGCAUUUGUUUUGCUUUCUGCUCCAUCUCAUCCCUUUUGUGAGACAGCAAUCUGCUAGAAAGGAGAGCUGGAAGGGAGGACUGCAGGGCAGGGAACGCAGGCUGGUGGUCACGCACAGGGAUCUGCCAUUCGCAUGAUGAACAGCUACAAGACAAAUGCGUAAAGCAUUCCAGGGGGGAUGGGAGGCAUGUCCCAGGGACCCGUGAGCUGGGCCAGGCCAGCCACACAGGAUGGGUGCUCCCAGGGAGGGUGCUCCCGGGCAAAGGGACCUGCACCGCCAAGGCCUGUGGGCCCUGGAGAAGCAUCAGGACCGUGUGUGAGUGGAAGGGACAUAGCUCAGGCUCGUGUGGACCCUGCCGGGAGGAAGGUGCCGCAGGCCCAGCAUCCGGGGAGGCCGGCUGGGGUGGGGCCGGUGCAGCUCCCUUUCUGAGCACACGGCAGCCUGGGGCACAGACGUCUGUGGGGCUCACAUCACACCCCCUCGGCCCACCCAGAUUUCAGCCACAGCCGCAGUUGUGUGCAAGUCCAAGUUCACUUUUUGAUUGUGGUUUCACCUCAACCUGUUUUCUGUUUCCUGUUCCAGGCGGGGAAAAUCUUUGACCCAGCAGAAAAUGGGAGCUGGUAGAUAAUAUUCCAGCCUCUUAUAUUCCUGCCCCCAGGUGGACAAUUCCUUGGAGAAGCUGAGUCUGAUGGUUCCUGUAGUAGCCUUAAAAAUGCGCCUUCCUGUUGGCUUUCCCUCUUUCUCCGUCCUUCUCAGUCUGUGCCUUCACCCCUGCUGUCUGGGCUCACCUCCCAGUUAAACCAACUGCACUGAAUCCUUGCCUCAGGCUCUGCGUUGGGGGCAUGGUGGGGAACCUGAAUGAAGCACAUGUGCUUGGCCAGAGAAUAAGACAAACCAGAGCAUGGUGGUCUCCAGGGCCCCACGAACUUCUCCUCCAUCCUCUCUUCCUUCCUCUGUCCCCGCAGGUGUCUGACCGCUGCGACUACAUCUUUGUCAACGGCAAAGAGAUAAAGGGCAAGAUGGACGCGGUGGUGAACUUCACGUACCAGUACCUGAGCGCCCCCCUGCACGUCACCGUGUGGGUGCCCCGGCUGCCCCUGCAGAUCGAGGUCUCUGACACGGAGCUCAGCCAGAUUAAGGGCUGGAGGGUCCCCAUCAUGGCCAGUAAGAGGCCCACCCGAGAGAGCGAGGACGAGGAGGAGGAGGAGGACAGGCGAGGCCGGGGCUGCGCCCUCCAGUUCCAGCACGCCACCGUGCGGGUCCUCACCCAGUUUGUGUCCGAGGCGGCCGGCCCCUGGGGCCAGCCCGGCCACCUGCUCGGUCCCGACUGGCAGUUCGACGUCACGCACCUGGUGGCAGACUUCAUGAAGCUGGAGGAGCCUCGCGUGGCCACGCUGCAGGACAGCCGGGUCCUGGCCGGGCGGGAGGUCGGGAUGACGACCAUCCAGGUGCUGUCCCCGCUGUCCGACUCCAUCCUGGCAGAGAAGACGGUCACCGUGUUAGAUGACAAAGUGUCGGUGACGGACUUGGCCAUCCAGCUCGUGGCCGGGCUGUCCGUCACCCUCCACCCCAACUCGGAGAACAGCAAGGCGGUCACAGCUGUGGCCACGGCGGAGGAGCUUCUGCGGACCCCCAAGCAGGAAGCCGUGGUCAGCACGUGGCUGCAGUUCAGCGUCAAACCAAACAAGGAAACAUGGGAAAAGGAAGAAAAGUUACAACCGGUUGUCUGCUCUGGCUGCCUGGACUCGGGCCGCCCUCUGCAGAGCCCCCCAGGACCCCCUGCAUGCAUCCCGGGCAGCGGCUCGCCGGGCACCGGCAAUAAACACGCGCACCGAGAGCCGCGGGCCGCCGCCGAGUUCCAGAAAACAGCUGCAGAGCCUUUUGAAGUCAGUGUCCCGUUACAGAGCAGGACUUGGAGCGACCUGUCCCUGCAUCUCUGUGUCCCUUUUGGCCACCAGCAGCAGCAGCAGCAGCAGCCUGUGCCGAGAGGAGCGGCUGACCCACGCCUCCAACGGGCCGGGGUCUCGCGCCCCUCCCUCCCCUCCCCUGCGGCCUGCAGCCGGCGGAGCCGGGGGAGACAGGUGGUCCAUCCCCGCAAGAUGCUUCGAGCGGCCACACGGGCCAGCUCCCGGCCGCACGCGCCCCGCCUCUCAGAGCCCAAACUCCAGAGCAGAGAGGGCUCCGUCCGCUGUUUUGUUCGGAGGUGUGACCAGACCCCAGGCUCAGCUCCUCAGGGCCCCGCAGCGCCGGGAGGGGUAGAGGGAGGCGGAUUCCGCGUGGUGGCUGUGGGGACAGGCACCCUCACCGAGACGCCUCCCGGCUGCGUGUGGUCUCUGAAGGCCCCCACGACCGGCUGA